AUGGCUGACACAUCCAAGUUGCAUCCUGCGACUACAGUCACCAAUAUCAAAUCAUGCAUUCCUAUUGUUCUUGAUUAUGAAGGAAGCCAAUACAAUAACUGGGCUACCCUCUUCAAGCUCCAUUGUCGCGCAAACUUGGUGAUCGACCACAUCCUCCCUCCUGCCUCUCCCACCAAGCCACCACCGGCAACUGCAGCCGAGAAAAUUGCUACAAAGGCUCUAUGGGAACGACUAGAUGACAUUUUUAGGCAAUGGAUAUAUGGUACGAUAUCGAAUGAUCUUCUCAACACGAUCAUUCAUCAAGAGGACACCGCAGCCGAGGCUUGGAAUUGCCUUGUCCAUCUCUUUCAGGACAACAAAUCGGCUAGGGCUCUUGCUCUUGAUGAAAAAUUCACCAACACCAAAUUGGUGGAUUUUCCGAAUGUGAAAGCAUACUGCACCAGGCUGAAAGUUCUUGCAGACAAUCUCGCUAACGUCGGCCAUAAAGUUUCCGACGAACGACUUGUGCUUCAUCUUUUGCGAGGGUUAUCGGAAGAAUAA